AUGGUAUUCCGGUUGUUUAGCAGAAAGUCUCUCACAGCGCACGAAUCACUGGCAGGCCUGGCGUCUGAAGCUCCUACACCCUCAACGGUCGCGAAGACACCAUCAAAGCCCACGGUGCCUGCACAGACUCAAUUGCGAACGCCGUCACCGUCCGUUGAGUCUGCUUCUGUUGCGAGGGUGGGGUCGCCUGCUUCCAGCAUGGCGCGUCUAUCUGUGAAGGAAGGUGCAGCGCUGCCUUCACCCGCCCAUCCAUCUCUAUCCGCUUCCGAUACCGCGAUCCCUCCUGUUCCUGCAUUCACCGCUCUGGAACCUACCGUCGCAUCACUCACCUCUCACAUCGCCUCCAUCCCCGCAAAGACACUGCACUCCUACCUCCUGUCUCACCUCCGGGACGCCCCCGAACCCAUCCUCGCUGCGUUUGCGACGUUCUUCGCUGAGCUCGUUCCACCCCCGCGGCUUCAUUGCGUGCGCUGUCACAAGGACUAUGUGGAGGUCGAGAACGAUGAUCGGAGCUGUCUGGUGCCGCAUGACGACGAGAGUGCCGAGGUCGAGCGCGUCGGGAGGACCGCGAGAAGCGGCAGGCUCUCGAUCGAUCCUGGGACGACAUACGAGACGCUGUGGGGAUGCUGCGGUAAACUCACCGAGGGAGACGGGGACCAGGGCCCGCCCGAUGGCUGGUGCUAUGAGGGCAAGCAUACGACUGACAUAAAGCGCGCCCGUUUCCGGGCCGACUCGACUCCCCAAGACGACAAGCUCACCUCGUGCAUCCGGCUCAACUGCCACGGCGUCCGCGACCAGCUCCCGCGCACGAACCUACGCAAGCGGAAGCGCAGCGUAAACCUCCGGGAGCCCGCUAGUGACGAAGCGGCGAGCGAGGGCGAGCCGGACAGCGGGAUGGAGGAGAUCGCGGGCCGCGCGAAGAGCAAAGGAAAGGUGGCGGGCAAGGGCAAGGGCAAGGCGAAGGCGAAGGCCGCUGCUGCAGACGAUGAGCAUAUGGACGUGGACCAACGUGAGCACGAGGACGCGGAGAACGUCAGCAUCAGCGCACGCGGACGCACCCCUGCUGCUCGCAGGCAGUCCAGGGCCUCCGUCGCACCCGCCUCUCAAGCCAACGCCGGAGCCGCUGCUCCCAAGCGCAGGGGCCGCCCGCCGAAGCCCAAGCCGGCGCAGCCUGUGGAGACGACGGACGCAGACGCGGAUGUGUCCAGUGCGUCGGCGCAAGUGAAGCGGCCCGGGCGGAAGCCGAAGAGCAAGAUGUAUGUGGAGGAGUCGGACGAGGCGCAGGAUGCGGACAUGGAUGGGGAGCAAGGUCCGAGGACGCGUUCGCAGAGCCGGACGCGUCAGGCUAGUGUGCAGACGGGAAGGCCGAAGUCGGCCGUGAAGAAGGGGAAGGAGAAGGAGGUAGAGAAGGACGGCGAGAGUGAUAAUGAGGUGCCGAAGAAGAAGAAGAGGCUCUCUACGUAA